GUUUUGCGCAGACGCAAUUGCUUCCCUUUUCGAUGUCCCUCUGAAUCGGUUCCUUAGCAUACGACACCGCUAGCCACUAAUUCUCACCGGUCGGCAAGAUGUUCAGACCUGUUGUUCGACUUUCAACCUCUGGGGUACGGAGUUUAACGCGGCCACGACCAUGCUACUCGGGAGAGAGGAAUAACGUCGCGGGGGAGAGACAAACUCCUUUGGCCUCCCGAUGCUACUCCCAUGCCAAGGUGGAGACAGAUGAGGAGUUCGAUGCCCGUUGGGUCACUUAUUUCAGCAAGCCAGACAUUGAUGCCUGGGAGCUGAAGAAAGGCAUGAACACACUAAUUGGCUAUGACCUGGUACCUGAACCCAAAAUCCUCGACUCAGCUCUUCGUGCUUGCCGAAGGUUGAAUGACUUGGCCAGUGCUAUCCGCAUCCUCGAGGCAGUCAAGGACAAAUCUGGUCCCCACAAAGAUAUCUACCCAUAUCUGAUUCAAGAACUGCAGCCCACUCUGAUUGAGCUGGGUAUCUCCACACCUGAGGAUCUGGGCAUGGACAUAUUAUAGACAUCCUCUGGGUCAUCUGGUGUCCAACAAGAUGAACCACUUCUCUUCAAGUCUCUGCCUUGUCCUGAUGUUGAUUUAAUCCACACUCUCCUGUUGUGUACAAAAUUAUGGAUUUAAUAAAGAAAUAUCUAUUGA